AAUUUGAAGAGAAACUAUAUAUUGAAAAAGAAAUGUUUGACCGUAAAAUGUCUUACAGAUGUAGUUCAUGCUUUGAUAAACCCGAAUCGACCUGAUUUGUUUCAAAAAAAAAUUUAGGGUUUUUUUUUUCAAAUGUCCUCUGAAAAUGUUUCUUAAAACUUCACUUGUUUCUUCAAAAUCAUCUUUCAAUGUUAGAUUUUCAUCUUCAUCUAUUCUUUCUUCAGUUUCCCAAAAUCAACACACCAAAUCACCACCCAAACACAUCUCCACUCUUAAGCACCAUUCUCAACUUUAUAAUUUCCUUCGUGUAAACUGCAGGUCAGGUAACUUUUCUCUUGAUGAAGCUUUUGAUUCCUUCAAUUAUAUGAUUCAUAUGCACCCAACUCCUGCUAUGUCUUCCUUCAGUAUUUUGUUUUCUGCACUUGUUAAGAAAAAACAUUUUGAUCAACUUCUUGUGAUGUACACGAGAUUCAUUUCAGCUGGGUUGUUGCCGGAUUUCUUUAUUUUGAAUAUUUUAAUUGAUUGCUUAAGAAAAAUGGCACGCGAUUCUUAUGGUUUUGUAGUUCUUGGGAGUAUUUUUAGGAGGGGUUUUUACCCAAACGCUUUGACUUUUAACAAUCUGAUUAAUGGUCUUUGUAUGGCGGGCAAGAUUAAGAAGGCCAUUGAAUUUUUUAGGAAAAUGGUUUCGGUUGGUUGUAGACCGGAUGCGGUUACAGUUGGGACUUUGAUUGCUGGGUUGUGUAGAACUGGUAAUGUCACUGUUGCCCUUCAGUUGUUUGAAGAAAUGAAUAACGGGAAUGGUGAAUUUGGUGUCAUUUGUAAGCCUAAUAUUGUUUGCUAUACUACAAUUAUUGAUGGUCUCUGCAACUAUGGGUUAGUAGACAAGGCAAAGAAACUGUUUUCAGAAAUGAAGACCAAGGGCAUUAAUCCAAACGUGAUUACUUACACCACUCUAAUUUAUGGUUUGUCUAAUACAUCUAAUUGGGAGGAGGCUAAAACUUUGUUUAUAGAGAUGUUGGAGGAAGGUGUAAAACCUGAUGUGGUGACAUUUAGCGUGGUAAUUGAUAAGCUCUGUAUCAAUGGAAAGAUGGACGAAGCCAAUGGGUUGUUCCAACUAAUGAUUAAUAGAGGUGUUUGUCCCAACACAAUAACUUAUAACACACUUUUGAGUGGUUUUUGCUUGGCAGGUCAAAUUGAUGAUGCUAGAAGGCUAUUUGAUUCCAUGGCAAGUAUGGGGUGUAAGCCUGAUGUUUUUAGCUACAAUAUUUUGAUGGAUGGUUUAUGCUUGACAAAUAAAAUUGAUGAUGCCAAGGAACUUUUAGCCUCAAUGUUGAGUAUGGGAUGCACACCUGAUGUAGUUAGCUACAAUACUCUGAUCAAAUGGUAUUGCAAGAAUCGAAAAAUUGAUGAAGCCUUGAAUCUUUAUGAGGAAAUGACUUCAGAGGGAGUUAGGCCAGAUGUUGUUGCUUAUAAUACCUUGCUAUCUGGGCUUUUUAUGAACGGUAAUGUCAGACAUGCAAAAAAGCUAUUUGGGAGACUCAAUAUUGCUUGGGAAAUGUUCAACAGAUUACAUAGUAAUGGCUUUGUUCCAGAUGUUAUUACAUAUAGCAUUAUAAUGCAUGGAUUUUGUAAGGAAGGAAAGUUAGAAAUGGCAAGUAAAUGUUUCUCAGAUAUGGAGCAAAAUGGUGUUGCGCCAGAUUUGGUCACUUUCAAUACGCUUAUGUCUGGUUUCUUGCAGAAUAAUGAGACUUUAAAAGUGGUGGAACUUCUUCACAAAAUGAAAGAGAGAAACGUGAAACCAGAUGCAUCCACAGGUUCAAUAAUAUUAGAUUUACUGGGAAAGCAUGAAGAUUAUCAUGAAGUCCUGAAUUUGCUACCAUCCUUCUCAACCCAAGAACCAACAGGAUGUUGAUUGUUGAGUACGUGCAUUUUCCAGGGGAGUAUAGCUUAUCAAGAGAGCCCUGGCAAACGUUAAAGUUUCCGUGUAAAGGUGUGUGCCAACAUUGUAGUGGUGAUUGUAUUUAUGUGAAUCCAUUAAUGAAGAAGUCAUAUAAUUGAAGUUAUAGAUUUUGUCUUCAUCUCUGUCGAUUUGGCUUGACUACCAAGUUGCUAUAUUUCUUUGGAGAGAGAAUCCCCUUGACGAAGUCUCUAGUAAGAAGUUGGUGGUAGCUGAUGCUAAGUUGAACUUGGAUGAUGAUGAUGCCUUCCUGGUAGAAGGGAAUCUCUCUUGUGAUCCAUCACUAGAGGGUCCUUGAGAGGUUUCGAUACAUUUACUUCUCGAUUUAUUGUUUACGUGGAAUAAUUAUUCUUAAUAGUAACUGCCAAACAAGUACACGAAGAUUCAAGUCUGGUUAGUGAUUAAGAGAGUUGUGGUGCUUUUUGGAUAUUCUAUAUGGCAACCAAAUUCUUCUGAUU